CGAUCAGCCACUCACUGCCGGGCUGCUGGAGCUGAAGGAGCGCCGUGGGCUCCACACAGACCGGAUCCGUGGACCGGAGCCUCGUCUUCGCACAGUCCGCUCAGACCCAGGCGCAGCUGCAGCCCGCAUGGAGGUCCACGCACCGACACCCGCACCCGACAACAACAUGCACUUCUGAGCUCCAGCGCGUCGUGUUUGGUCAAGCCUGAGGGGGGAAACUCUGCAAGAUCACUUUCCUUUGCUCGGCUGAGGUGGAUUUUUUUUCCCCCUCCUCUCUCUUUCGGCCAGCCUGCCCUUUUCGUCUGUAUUCCGCCUCUCGCAGCCCAGGCGCUUCAUUUUUUUCCUCUUUUUUUUUGGGACUUUUUUCCCCCCUCCUGUCUCUCUCUCUCUCUCUCCCUGGAAAAGAAAGCUGUGCUGUUCCCUUGAGUCCUACCUGCUCAUCCAGCACCCAUGAAUUCAGAUAAAAAUGUGUACCUCGGCAGAGACAAAGGCAUCAUGCGGAAGAGAGCCUUGCUCCUUCGGAAAGGUUGCAGCUUCGAGAUUACCAGCUCUGCCUCGGAGGACUUGGGCUGCAGGCGUGGAGACUUCAGCAGGAAACACUAUGGUUCGGUGGAGCUGCUGAUUUCCAGUGACGCAGAUGGGGCCAUACAGAGGGCAGGACGCUUCAGGGUGGAGAAUGGCUCGUCAGAUGAGACCUCAGACUACACUCCGGGAACCUGGAGGAGAACUGAUGUCCAUCUGGAGAAUCCAGAGUAUCACACCAGAUGGUUCUUUAAAUACUUCCUGGGAAAAGUUCACCAAAACUACGUGGGUACAGACGCAGAGAAGAAUCCCUUCUACCUGUCUGUGGUCCUUUCAGACCAGAACAACCAGCGGGUUCCUCAGUACAGAGCCAUCCUCUGGAGGAAGACGGGCACUCUGAAGAUCAGCCUCCCCUACAGCCCAACCAAAACACUAUCCGUCAAGUCCAUCCUAAGUGCAAUGAACAUGGACAGGUUUGAGAAAGGCCCCAGGGAGAUCCUCAACCCUGAUAUUCAGAAGGAUCUGCUGGUGCUGGAGGAACAGGAGGGUUCUGUCAACUUUAAAUUUGGCGUGCUGUACGCCAAAGACGGACAGCUCACUGAUGAUGAGAUGUUCAGUAAUGAGACGGGGAGUGAGAGCUUUGAAAAGUUCCUGAAUCUGCUGGGGGAUACCAUCACGCUGCAGGGAUGGGCGGGGUACCGUGGAGGGCUCGACACCAAGAAUGACACUACAGGAAUUAAAUCCAUCUACACAGUAUAUCAGGGCCAUGAGCUCAUGUUCCACGUGUCCACCAUGUUGCCCUACUCGAAAGAGAACAAACAGCAGGUGGAGAGGAAGAGGCACAUUGGAAAUGACAUUGUCACCAUAGUAUUCCAGGAAGGGGAUGACGCAUCGUCGUCCUUCAAGCCUUCUAUGAUCCGGUCACACUUCACCCAUAUUUUUGCAUUAGUUAGGUAUAAUAGCCAGAAUAACAGUUACAGGUUGAAGAUUUUCUCAGAGGAAAGUGUUCCACUGUUCGGACCACCCCUCCCGUCUCCGCCUGUAUUUACUGAUCACCAAGAAUUCAGGGACUUUUUAUUAGUCAAAUUAAUCAAUGGAGAGAAAGCCACACUGGAGACGCCAACGUUUGCCCAAAAGCGACAGCGGACCCUUGACAUGUUGAUCCGCUCGCUCUACCAGGACCUCACACCUGACCUGCACAAGAACAUGUUAAAUCGACGGUCCUUCAGUGAUGUUCUUCCUGAGUCUCCCAAGUCCGCACGCAAGAAGGAGGAGGCACGACAGGCUGAAUUUGUCAGGAUAGGACAGGCUCUGAAACUGAAGACCAUUGUAAGAGGAGAUGCCCCAACCAGCCUUGUUACCACUGGCCUGUGCAGAAAAGAGCCAUGGGAGUCUCAGCCAUUCUGCAGCACAUUCCCCUAUGAGAUCGUGUGUGCUGACUCUUGGGGUCAGUCUCUGUUGGUUGCCACAGAAGCAGCAGGGGUCAUGCUGCUGGAUGGCACUGAUCCAGCUCAGCCCAAUGCUGAGACACAAGCUUUACCCCCAGUGCAGGUGUUUGACAAAACCAUAGUGGUGAAGCAGAUGCACGUUCUCGAGCCUCAGGACCUGCUCAUCACCAGGGCCGACAAAGGAAAGGAUGCUCGGCUCUAUGUGUUCAGACUCAGCGGCCUGAAGAGAGGCCUGGAGGAGAGGCAGCUCGUCAGAAGCAAGUGUGACAGCCGAGAGAACAAACUGGAGAAGACUAAAGGCUGUCAUUUGUACUCUAUCAACACCCACCAUGGUUCAGAGCUGAGGAUAGUAGCAGCCAUCAGGAACAAACUUCUCCUCAUCACCAGGAAACAUCCACGUUUUGAGGGUCUCAGCGCCGUCGCACCAGGGCCGGACUCACCAGUAGAGGAGUUUCAGUACAUAAGGGAAAUCUGUCUGUGUGACCCACCAGUGGUGAUGGCUCUGGUGGACGGGCCGACAGGGGAAAAUGACAAUAUGAUCUGUGUGGCCUACAAACAUCAGUUUGACCUGAUCAAUGAAAGCACUGGAGAUGCCUACCGGCUUCAUCAUGUAGAUGCCAACAGGGUAAAUUUUGUAGCAGCCAUUGAUGUUUAUGAAGACGGGGAGGCGGGCCUGCUGUUGUGUUACAACUAUAUUUGUUACUAUAAAAAAGUUUGUCCUUUCAACGGCUCCACACCGAUGAUCCAGUCCAACACCUCCGACUUCCACUUCAGCUGGAACCAGAUGCCCAAUGCUAUUGUUUGUGCAUUUCCCUACAUCUUGGCCUUCACAACGGACUCCAUUGAGAUUCGACUGGUGGUCAAUGGCAACCUUGUGUACACAGCAGUGGUUCCAGAGCUACAGUUGUCUGCUUCAAGGUCGGACAUCUAUUUUGUCUCAUCGGCUCCUGUGAGUUCAGCCUCCAACUGCAGUUCAAGGGACACCAGUUCCCAGAGCUCCCCACAGACGCCCACCGGAUAUGAGAUGCCAGUGUUCCCUUCGCCGCUCGGGGAUGGUGAAACAUCAUGUAAGCACAUCUUCAAAAUCCCGCUGUGUAACUUGGUGGGCCGCAGCAUUGAACGACCCCUCAAGUCCCCUCUGGUCAACAAAGUGCUUACCACGCCAGCCCCCGCCAUGGUGCCCCCCACCCCACUCAUCUCUGCCACACAUUCGCUUUCGCUGUCUCGCAUGGAGAUCAAAGAGAUAGCCAGCCGCACACGGAAGGAGCUGCUGGGCUUGACAGAAGAACCAAGUGGGAAAUCAGACGGUGGCUCAGUGAAACAGAGGAAGAUGAGCAAGAAGAACACUGAAGAAGAGCCCAAAGCACGAGCACUGACGUCUACAAACAGCGACAGGUCAGCGUCAGAGUCCAUUGAAUCAGAGCUGAACAUCCAGCGGCAGUGUUCGUCCGGUUCAGAGGCCGAGCCAGAGAAAGCGCUACUGCGAGAGGAGAGCCCGCCUCUCGCCAGCGCAUUCGCCCUCCCCACAUCCUUCGAAGAAGAUGUCCUGGACCUAAAGUGAAGACAAUCCCAUCGUGCACUUCUCUGCCCACCCAUUCCUGUCCUGUCACCAUUUUGUCUGUCUUCUGUUUGGUUUGUUUUUCAUUUGUUGUCAUUUCACUUCCGUUGCCUUGUCUUUUGUUUAUAUCCCCCGUAUCAUCUCCCCGUCUGUCGGACAAGAUGAGCACAGUGGGAGCUGGAACAUGUGUCUGUGUUUGUUUUGUGAGCGGCCCCUCAGCCCCUAUGUGUUGGGUGUUUGUGUUGCCCUGCAGCAAAUAACCCAAAGAGGCGAUGACGUUGUGCUACAUGCCGUGGUUUAUCCAGAGUUCUGCAACAGCCUUUGAGAUGUUAGUGGUUUGAUCCCAAACCCCAAAGUGAAUGUAUAUCUACCACAACACCUAACAAAAAUCUCUGCAUUCACAAUGCUCUCUGACGUUGCUAGAGCUCAGUAUGUGUUGUAUAUUAUGUGAUUAUUUCCAAUCCACUUUAAAAUGUUGUAUGAUAUGAAUAUGUAUGUGUACAUCUGUUUAUACAUGAAGGUGCAUAUACAGUGACAGGCGUGUAUGCCUGUCAUGCCUGUAAUGCAUAUUUAUAGAUAUAUUAUAAAAAUCCAUUUUAUUCCCAUAUUUAGUAAAAGUAUGAUGUUUUAUGCUCUCUGCACAUACUAGUCCUUUUUAUUCACCUUCUUCACAGUGCACAGGUAGACAGGGCUGGAGGCAAAGUCUCCCACAAGUGCCAUUUCCCAGCAUCCUCCACUGAACUCCACCUAUAAACAGCCACCAUAAUCUGGUGCCUGACAGUAGCAGCCAUGACUGUAGUCCACAUUAGAUGACUUGAGAGGCCCGCAGUUUCAUUCAGUUUGGAUAACGAUUAUCCAUACUGUUGAUCCAAAGCCAUAUGCUAACAUUUUGCCCCCAUAUCCCUGAGGCAACAGUAAAUCUGCAUGGCCUUGUGUCUUUUGCGCCAAACAGCCUCUUUAGAAAUCGUGAGGUGUCAAGUGUGAUGAGCGUAGAAAAGAAAACCACAGCUCAAGACAACAUGACAACAUCUCCUGAAAGGCUAGUAAAUCUUGCUUUUUCCAGAGGUGAUGGUGUUUUUCUGCAACUGUAAGUAAAGAGUACUGCACUACAACACCAAGAUCAAGACAGUAACUGAAAGCAAGGUCAGUAGAAAUCAAAAGCACUCAUGUUUUCUUCAAGUAGUUGUAUUGCAAUGUGUAGUGCUUCAACCAACUCAAGCAGAUCUCUGUUCCGUUUGACUGCAAAUGAGUGUUUUUACUAAAAGGCCUCCUCUAAAAGUACAUUUUUUAAAGACCAACAUCAUAACAGUUGUUAAGAACUGAGAAAAAUAUUCCCCCAACCAAAUAACAGUUGAAACGAACUUUAAAGUAAUACAUAAAAAUCUGAAAUGGUGAACACCAGAAUGAUCAUGAGAGAUUUUUACCUUUUGAUCUAUGUAUUUCCCUCAGUUUAGACAGCCAAUACUACCCAUCAGCCGCUAUCAGCACCAAAUUCUGCUGAUACUGACAUUUUGUAAAAA